AUGCGUGGCAUUCUGUCCCGACUCCUCGUCCUGGCCGUCACUGGCCUUGCGAGCGCGAAAAUCAUCUUCCAAGAUGACUUCGAGGGCGAUCUUAGCCAGUGGAAAUCCCAAGGUUGUCCAGGCGGCGUAGUGAAGUCCGCAGACGUUGCUCGCACCGGCAAAUUCUCAGCAAAGUUGGUCGUCCACGACAACGACACCAACGCAGUUUGCCCCGACUCGCCGACUGAGAAUCCACGCGCACAGCUCGUUUCUCCGCCGCUGUUCAAAGACGGCGACGAGUACUACAUCGGCUUCUCUGUCUUGUUUCCGUCUGGAUUUCCCAAAAUCAGCAACUGGUUCAUGUUCUUUGAGUUGUAUGGUCCUCCGUACAAUGGUACGCCCAGCAUGGCUCUUUUCGUCUCUAAGGAGAACAAGCUCACGUUUGGUCGCGACGCCGCGUACAACAGGGACACUAUCUGGACGGGUGCGCCGAUUGUUCCCGGCCAGUGGCGUGAUAUCGCUCUUCGUGUUAAAUUCUCGACGGAUCCCGAGGUCGGGUUUGUCCAGAUCUGGGAUGGCGGCAAGCAACAGGAGCUUGUGGGUGGUAAUGGAACGACUGUUGUAUAUAGGACACUGAAUCCGGAGGUGAACUGGAAUGGCAGCCCGAAUACUGUUGUCCUCAAUCAGUACCGCAGCAAGGACACCAACUACGGCCCUGUUACGCUGUAUCAUGAUUCGGUCAAAGUUGGGACUAGCCUCGAGGAAGUUGCACCAAAUCGAGGGGGUGGAAGAGGUUCUUGUCAUGCUAAACAUGGGAGAGCUCAUUAG